AUGUCGUCGCCAGCUGCUGAAAGGAAUGGCAGAAAGGACGAAGGGAAGGAGGGAACGCCAAUGGUUGCGGAGCAGGCUGAGGUCGUCCCUGCGCAGAAGCGGAAGAGAUCGGUCUCUCGUUCACCUGCGCCGCCCUCUCCCCACCGUCGACGUUUAUCCCCGCCCCGUGGACCUCGUUAUGAUCUUCCACCUCGAGGACCGCGCAACGAUGCUCGUCAUGACAGACCGGCUGUCCCCGACGUCGAUCUUGCCCGUGCCCGUGAGCGUGAACGCCAACUCGCAGAACAAAUGGAGAAGCGAACCGAAGAACCCGAAAAGAAGCCCUUUGACGCAAAAGCCGAAUUCGAACGUCUCAUGGAGACUCGUGCGGGUGGAACCUACGUCCCGCCCGCUCGUCUUCGGGCUUUACAGGCGCAGUUUACGGAUAAGAAUACGAAGGAGUAUCAACGUAUGCAUUGGGAGGCGUUGAAGAAGUCGAUCAAUGGGUUGAUCAAUAAGGUCAAUACGUCGAAUAUCAAGAUGAUCAUUCCGGAGCUUUUUGGAGAGAACUUGGUUAGAGGAAGGGGGUUGUACGCGAGGAGUAUUAUGAAGGCCCAAGCUGCUUCGUUGCCAUUCACACCGGUCUUGACAGCGUUGACGGCAGUGGUUAAUACGAAAUUGCCGCAGGUUGGGGAGUUGUUGCUUACGAGGUUGAUUGUGCAGUUCAGGAAGGCGUUCAAGAGGAAUGACAAAUCUGUUUGUCUUUCUUCGACGACCUUUAUUGCUCAUUUGUGUAACCAGGCUGUGGCGCAUGAGAUCGUUGCGUUGCAGAUCUUGUCGUUGUUGCUUGAGCGACCUACGGAUGAUUCGGUUGAGGUUGCGGUCGGAUUCAUAAGGGAAGUCGGUGCGUACCUUGCCGAGGUUUCACCGAAGGCGAAUAACGGAGUCUUUGACCGCUUCCGCGCUAUCCUUCACGAAGGGCAGAUCGACAAGCGGGUUCAGUACAUGAUUGAAGUACUCUUCCAGGUCCGUAAGGACAAGUACAAAGACCAUCCCAUCAUCCCUGAGGGUCUCGAUCUUGUCGAGGAAGAUGACCAGAUCACGCAUUACAUCAGUUUGGACGACGAGUUGGAUGUUCAGGAAGGUCUGGGUGUCUUCAAGUUCGACCCAGAAUUCGAAGAAAACGAAGAGAGAUACAAAGAAAUCAAGGCCGAAAUCCUCGGUGACUCAGGCGAAGAGUCAGGAUCCGACGACGAAGACGAAAGCGACGAAGAAGAAACCGAAGGUGCAGCUGUGGUCGACGAAGCCAAGCGUCAGGAAAUCCAAGACCAGACAAACACCAAUCUCGUGAACCUCCGCCGCACGAUUUAUUUGACGAUCAUGUCCUCCGUUGACUACGAAGAAUGUUGCCACAAACUCAUGCGGAUCAACAUCCCCGAAGGACAACAAAUCGAGCUAGCAAACAUGAUCGUGGAGUGUUGUUCCCAAGAACGGACAUACAGUCGUUUCUAUGGGUUAAUGGGUGAGCGAUUCUGCAAGUUGAACAGGAUGUGGACCGACACCUUCCAAAGCGCAUUCCAGACCUACUACGAGACGAUCCACCGCUACGAAUCCAACAAACUCCGCAACAUCGCAAAAUUCUUCGGACACCUCCUAUCCACCGAAGCGAUCCAUUGGCACGUCCUCUCCUGCAUCCACCUAAACGAAGACGAAACAACAUCCUCCUCCCGUAUCUUCAUCAAAAUCCUUUUCCAAGAUCUCCAGGAAUCACUUGGACUUAACGCAUUGAAAGCUGUAAUGGCAGAUCCGAUGUUGGAAGAGUGCUUCGGAGGGCUGUUUCCGAGGGAUGAGAGUCGGAACACGAGGUUUGCGAUCAAUUAUUUUACGAGUAUUGGGUUGGGGGCGGUUACGGAGGGUUUGAGGGAGUGGUUGAAGGGAAAUCCUACGAUGCGUGUCCCCUUCGGCCCAGCACUUGAUCUCAAAGUCACUCCCAUCCCAGCGAACGCCGGCCAGUCACCCUACCACGCCGCCUUCGCCCUGUCCCACUUCCUCACAAAAAGCAACCGACCACGCUCAACACUUCUCCUAACAGGCGCCGGCGUCUCCGUCGACAGUGGUAUCCCGGACUAUCGAGGUCCGACAGGCACAUAUCGGGUGAACAAGAGCUACAGACCGAUCUUCUUUUCCGAGUUUACGGAGAAACAUACGUCAAGACAACGAUAUUGGUCGAGGAGUUUUCUGGGGUAUCCGCCUGUUCAGCGAGCGAGACCGAAUGAUAUACAUAAACGUGUGGCGGGAUUAUGGAGGCACGGACAUUUGAGUCAAGUGAUUACGCAGAAUGUCGAUGGGCUGCAUACGGCGUCCUCACCGGAUGUGCCGACCUUGGAGUUACAUGGGAGUUUGCAUAAAGUGCUUUGUUUGAGUUGUAGGGGACAUAUACACCGACAGGAGUUCCAGGAGGAGCUAAAGAGGUUGAACCCGGAUUGGGCGGAGUUAUUGCGGAUGAACGAGAAAGAGCUGCAAAUUAACCCGGAUGGAGAUGUGCAGUUGCCGAAGGAGAGGAGACCGGAUGGAGAUACACAGACGGAGAAGAGUUAUGAGCAUUUCAGGUAUCCGGCAUGCAAGAAAUGUGAUGCGGCGAAGACUGAUGCGGCUGGAGCUUGGGUCGAGGGCGGCGGGAUCUUAAAGCCUUCGGUUAUCUUCUUUGGUGAGCAGGUUCCUGAAUCACACAAAAUCGCUGCGGAAAAAGCUGUGGAACAGGCGGAUCGGGUAUUGGUCAUCGGUUCUUCGUUAGCGACGUACUCGGCGUUUCGGUUGAUUAGAGCUGCCAAGGAGACGGGGAAGAGUGUUGCGGUGGUGAACUGGGGAGGACCAAUACGAGGUGAAGGAGAGAUUCUGAUAGAGGAGGAAGGAGAUUUGAGAAUACCGCUGAAGGCAGGAGCGGUGUUGGCGGAGGUGGAAAGCAUGUUGAUGGAGAAGUCGUGGACUGAGAAGGUUGCAGAAGCAGCUGAAGCUGUCGCAGCUAGGCCAUAG